ACUAGUUUUUCUUUCACCUUAUCAUCUCGCGAAUGGACACUCAUACUAGAUUAGUAAGCAAGUUACGGGAAAAGAAGAGUUGGGACAACUUGCGCAUAACGAUAGUGUAGCACGUCGUCUCGACAACCACGUUUAUGUGUGCUACUGGAAAAUGCCGAUGACAGAGCAGCUGAAGUUUCUGAUGAGUAAUCGCGUCAUAUAUUGAAGAAUCAUGAAUGAGAUCGUAUCAUUACCUGUCGUGCGACAUACGCCAUAUAUCACCCUUUAAAUGCUUGCUACAAGCAAUGAUGUCUCCUUCUCAGGUGCUUCGUCUAUUGCAAACAAUGGCAAGGACAGAACAUUUGUGGAUCCGGUGCAGGAAUUACGUAGCAGUAUAUCCGGAACAGAAAUUACGCAGUGUAGUAUAUCCGGUGUAGGAAAUGGCGUAUUGAACUAAUAUGAACAAAAACUGGGAAGAUCGGCUUGGCUUUGUCGUGAGUUUUGAUGUCUUAGUACUGUAUAUGAUUUCUAAAGUACAUUCAUGAG